AUGCCUUAUUCAUAUCCUAGAAAAGAUCAUCUAAAAAUUGAUAAUAAAGAUAUAUCUGUUCAUUUUUCGUCAAAUAAUUCAAAUAAUGAAUUAUUAUUAUCAACUAGAACAUCUGAUUCAUCAUCAAUUAAUUCAUUAAUCAGUAAUGCAUUAAUAUUAAAUGAAUCAUCUCAACAACAACAACAAAAACAAGUUUCUAAUCAACGUAUUAUACAAUCAUGUUUUUGGUCAAUAUUUAUCUUUUUAAUCAAUUUCAUUUCAUCAAUUCUUGUUAUUAAUUUAUCUAAAUGGAUUUAUGUUAAACAUCAUUUUCCAAAUUUAACAUUGACAACAAUAAGUUUUUUUAUUUCAUUUUUUCUUCUACUUCUUUGUCUACAAGCGAAAUUAUUUACAUAUAUACGUUUACCAAUUCUAAAAAUGAUACCUGUAUCAAUAUGUUUUGGUGGUUUUAUUGCAUUUAGUAAUCUUUCGUUACAAUAUAAUACUGUUGGAACAUAUCAACUUAUUAAGUUACAAGUUACACCAACUGUGAUGCUUAUCAGUUGGUUAUUUUUUAAAGCACAUUAUCCAAUACCAAUCUUUCUUUCUUUUGUACCAGUUCUUAUUGGAACAUUAAUAAGUACUUACUAUGAUUUACAAUUUAAUACGUUUGGUCUUUUCUGUGCCCUUACAUCUGUAUCAUUUACUGCUAUUUAUCAAAUACUUGUUGAACAUUAUCAAAAAGUAUACAAUUGUGAUGCAUUACAAUUAUUAUUUUAUCAAGCACCACUUUCUGGUUUAUUACUUUUAUUUGUUGUACCAUUUUUUGAACCUUUAAGUAAUUUGAAAAAGUUUAUGAAUUAUGAUACAAUUAUGCUGAUAUUACUUUGUGGUAUUAUUGCUUUUUUUGUUAAUAUUAGUAUUUUUUGGGUUAUUGGUAAUUUAUCUGCUGUUGCUUAUAAUAUGAUUGGACAUUCAAAAACUUUAUUAAUUAUACUAGUUGGUUCAACUUUAUUUCAUGAAUCAUUUAAUCAACAGCAAAUGUUUGGAUUAGUUUUUACGAUGUUUGGUGUUGUUAUUUAUUCUUAUUUUAAAUAUUUUAGAAAAAUCAUGAAAUAA